AUGUUGUACAUCGCGUUUCUGGCUAUCUCUUGUGGCCUCUUCACUAUUUUACUACUUCUGAUCAUUGUAACCACAUGGGUGUGUCAAUGCUGUUCAAGAGAAGAAACGUCAGGAAAAUCUCGACGAAAAGUUCGCAGACUAUCUACGAUACUUUUCGCCCUUAGUGUGCUUUGUUUCAUUUUCCUCGGACUCUGUUUGUUUGGUAACGAGCACGUGAAUCGAGGAGUGACCAAAUCCUUAAAUGGGCUAGCGGACGUAAAUCGUGGUUUCAAACUCGCCAUCGCACAGGUGACGUCUAUGACCAUUUUAUGUACUAUUCUUUCAAUUUGUUGGAAAAUACACUCUAUAAAACGUGAAAGUCUUAUCCACACUAAUUUGGGUACUAGUAAGUCGUUGCAUACUCAUAUUGAGAUAACGAAUACCUUAAACGACACAUGUCAAAAAACGUCUCUACAUCUAAGAAAUCUGAAGGAAAUUGUUCAUGUUAAGAGCAAAGGAACUGGUGUCAAUGAAACGCUUGUAGCUCAGGCGAAUAUCUUGUUGACAUCCAUAUCAGGAGGUAUGGAUUCGGUGAAGAAUAAACUGAACACUCUAAAGAAAACAUUACUCGACGUGAGCUUUUUAGAAUCGGCUGAGGUUUACGGAGAGCGAAUUGAGUUAGAGCGAUGGAUGCUACUGGUAACAUUACUAUCCAUCAUGAUGUGUGUAUUGUUCGCCGGUGUAAUUUCUUUCUGCCGUCAAUCCAAAAAAGGAGCUGUAGUAUUUUCCGGACUUGGCAUUGUUAUUUUCUUGGUCGUUUGGACGCUAUUAUGCCUUGUCUUGCCUCUCACAGUGACAUUGGUGGAUUUUUGCUCAUCUGGUGGUCAGUACAUUCGUUCGAGAAUCAGUGAUCCAAUGUUGAGCGCGAUGAAAUUCUAUCAGUCAUGUGACGCAAGACCUACUCACGACAAUGUGCCACCAGUUUUUGGCGCUACGAACAUUAGUGACAUGCUGAGCGCGUUUCAGGCGAACAGAACUCAGUUGAAUUCUGUUCUUGACGUAGCAUUUAAUCAUGACUCAGUGAUUUCCAACUCAUCGGCCGUAAUAGCGGGCGAUACGAUUCGUUCACUGAAAGGAAUUGGAGCAUUAGAAUCAACCCUUGCUUGUUAUGCCUUUAGGCAAAGUGUUCGAGCGAUGAGUUUCAGUUUAUGCGAUCAAGCCAUUAUAGGAUCAUCACUCCUAACAUUAUGUCUGUUCUUCUUGGGCAUGUUUCUCUUUACAUUGCUUCUUAUUGUGUCACGUUCUUGGCAUCUCUUCACUAGACGACCAUCUGAUUAUGUCGAAGUGGACGAGGAUGAUCCAUUCUUCCCUCGUACAAAUGAUUCCAUGAUCCCGGUUGACAUCUAUGGAACACAUGUGUUCAAUCCACGAACGCGGGAUCGCGGUGAACCGUCAACAAACACAACUACCGCCACAGGAAACGGUUCUGGUGAAGAUCAGACAGCGCCACUUUGGAAUACCACCAGUGUUCCACCACUCUCUAGGUUAGUCCACCGCAUUGUUAUUCUCACUUAG